CGUCCAUGUUAUUGUUAUUUUGUUAGCUGGCAGUGUGAUGAGACGGACUGGAGAGCCGUCGGGCUCAAAGACUAGGUUAUUGCUCUUCCAGGCCGCCCCGGACUAAGCAGCAAUCCCGGAGAAAGAAGCCCUGUCGCCGUUAGGGGAGAUCACCCAGUCCAGACUUCUCCCACCAGCAGCCCUUCGAACGACACAGGCUACAAAAACAAUACGGUAUCCGCCAAACCUAACGCUAGCCCCAGACGUGUUGUGUACGGUAACACCCUCCGCAGUACGGUAACACCCUCCGCAGAUAUGAACGGCAUCACCAAGGGCAGGUUUGAGGUGUUUUCCAACAGUGAUGAAGCUCCCAUUAACAAGAAGCUUCCCAAGGAGCUGCUGCUCAGAAUCUUCUCCAACCUGGACGUGAUCACAUUGUGCAGGUGUGCCCAGGUGUCCAAGGCGUGGAAUGUCCUGGCCUUGGAUGGUAGUAACUGGCAGAAGAUUGACCUGUUCAACUUCCAGACAGACAUAGAGGGUAGAGUAGUGGAGAACAUUUCUAAGCGAUGUGGAGGCUUCCUGAGGCAGCUGAGUUUGAGGGGAUGUCUCAGUGUGGGAGACGCAUCCAUGAAGACGUUUUCCCAGAACUGCCGUAACAUCGAGGCGUUGAACCUAAACGGCUGCACUAAGAUCACAGACAGCACCUGUCUCAGCCUCUCCAAGUUCUGCUGCAAACUCAAACAGCUGGACCUCACUUCCUGUGUGUCUGUUACCAACCACUCCCUCAAAGCUCUCAGUGAUGGCUGUAGUAUGUUGGAGACAUUAAACCUGUCGUGGUGUGACCAAAUCACCAGAGAUGGCAUCGAGGCUCUGACCAGGGGCUGUAACAACCUACAAGCCCUGGUCCUACGUGGCUGCACACAGUUGGAGGAUGGAGCACUGAAACCCCUCCAGAAACACUGUCCUGAACUAACCACUAUCAACAUGCAGACCUGCUCACAGAUAACUGAUGAUGGCUUGGUCAGUCUGUGUCGGGGGUGCCACAAACUGCAGAUGCUGUGUAUCUCUGGCUGCAGUAACAUUACAGACGCCUCUCUCACCGCUCUGGGGCUCAACUGCCCCCGACUCAAGAUCUUGGAAGCAGCACGAUGUUCACAUGUUACAGACGCUGGGUUUACUGUACUGGCCAGGCAUUGUCAUGAGAUGGAAAAAAUGGAUUUAGAAGAAUGUGUCUUGGUGACUGACAACACUCUAGUCCAGCUCGCUAUUCACUGCCCUCGCCUGCAAGCACUGUCUCUCUCCCACUGUGAGCUGAUAACUGACGACGGUAUCAGGGCGCUGAGCAGCAGCGUGUGUGGACAGGAGCGCCUCACGGUGGUGGAGUUGGAUAACUGCCCUCUGAUCACAGACGGGACUCUGGAGCACCUGAAGAACUGUCACCGUCUGGAGAGGAUAGAACUCUACGACUGCCAGCAGGUCACCAGGGCCGGCAUCAAACGCAUACGGGCCCAUCUCCCAGAGAUAAAGGUCCACGCCUACUUUGCCCCGGUGACGCCCCCUCCCUCGGUGCACGGCGGGGGCCAUAGGCUGUGUCGCUGCUGCGUCAUCCUCUGACAGUGGAGGGCCCGGGGGGGGCACCCCACAACAAUAACCCACCGCCACGUGAUGAGACCGACCCUGAACCCCACCACGACUACACACCACCCUGAACCCCACCACGACUACACACCACCCUGAACCCCACCACGACUACACAACACCCUGAACCCCACCACGACUACACAACACCCU